UCCCUGGAGCCGUGUGACCCGGAAGAUAAUAUCCUGCGCACGCGCACCGGGAAUCGCUUAGUGGCUGGGCUUCCGUGAGGUCUGUCUUUGACGCCUCCUGCCUAAAGGCUCUCUUGCCUGCUGUACGCUUGUUGCUGCCGCCACCGCCGCCGAGGCCUUUUCCUUCCGUUCGCCAGAUACGGCUCGCACGCGGCAGGAGCAGCUUCGUUCUCCGCUUUUCCCUCUUUCCUGGCCCAGCUGAUUAACCCUUUCGUUGCCGAGCCUCCUCUUCUCGAGCGGAGCCGGUGGGCGGCGCAGCUAUGGCGGACACGGCGCAGAACGGACCUAUGCAGGGAGGCGCGGGCGGCGGAGCCGUGUCUCAGGAAGGCAGCAACAACAGAAGCUUUUGGUGAACUGCCAUACCUGGCUGAUGGGGCUGCAUUUGGCUUGAUAGGUUGGCACAACAUGUGACUCUUCAACAGCAAUUUCUGAUUACUAAUAAGUUGGAUACAGCAAUGUGGCUUUCCCGUAUAUUCACAGUUUACUGUUCGGCUUUAUUUGUCCUGCCUCUUCUAGGGUUUCAAGAAGCAAAUAGCUUUUAUCAACGUGCCUUGCUUGCAAAUGCUCUUACCAGUGCCCUUCGACUUCACCAACGGUUACCACAUUUUCAGUUAAGCAGGGCGUUCCUAGCUCAGGCCUUGUUGGAGGACAGCUGCCACUACCUUUUGUAUUCUCUCAUCUUUGUUAAUUCCUACCCUGUUACAAUGAGUAUUUUCCCAGUUCUGUUGUUUUCUUUGCUUCAUGCUGCCACCUACACAAAGAAGGUUCUUGAUGCGCGAGGGUCAGAUAGUCUUCUUUUUCUAAGAAAUCUCUUGGACAAGUUAAAUGCUAAUCAGCAAAACAUCCUAAAAUUUAUAGCUUGCAAUGAAAUCUUCUUGAUGCCAGCUACUAUGUUUAUGCUUUUCAGUGGGCAAGGGAGCUUGCUGCAGCCUUUCAUUUACUACAGGUUUCUUACGCUCCGUUAUUCCUCCCGCAGAAAUCCUUAUUGCCGGACUCUCUUCACAGAACUACGGAUUGUUGUUGAACAUGUCAUAAUGAAACCUUCGUGCCCGGCAUUUGUUCGAAGACUUUGUGUCAGCAGCAUUUCAUUUAUAAGCAGACUGGCACCAACUGUUGCAUAGCCAACACUGGAAACAUGCGUAUGUUUGUCUAAUGAACUUUCUAAGCAGCUGGUAUUUCUGCUGGUGAUUUAUAAAUUCUGGAUCUCAGUCAGGGGUGUAUGAAAACAUGUUUCCUUCCAAGAGCCUGUGAAUUGUAUCCUAUAUGUUAAAAGAAGUCUUGUUUUUCAAGAUGUUUCUGUGCUUUGUGGAAGAUGAAUGCCUGCCAUCUUAGACAAUAUACUUUCCAAUGCAAAACAAAAAUCCCUGCAUUGUACAAUAUGGCUUUUGUGCUGUCAUGUAUGUUCUCUUUGAUACUGAAUGAAAAUACUUAUUCAGAAAAAAACAAUGUCCAGGCAAUGCUAGCUGGAUUGUGUGUAACAAGCUAUAUGAUGUCUAUUAGCUUCUUAGGGAUGCCCAUUCAAAUAUCUAACUACGGUACACUUGAGUCAGUAUUCCUUCCAUUCAGUAAAUGAAAGAAGUUCAGUCCAUUGAGUAAAUCAUUGUGGUCAAUACAAAUCAAUUGGCAUCUGCUCUAAAUGUGAACAAUAGGAUUAAGCAUCUAAUUGUUCUACUCGUUUAAUGCUUUUGAAAUCAAAGCUUUCUACCCUUCCCCAAACAUUUUAUUUCUUUAUUUCUCUAGGUCAUCUGCCCUAUUUUUUCUGUUUUCCGAAAGCAGGCUUCUUAAAUUGCCAAUCUUUGAAAAAUCCAAAUAAUAAAGAUGGAUGUUACAUUCAUUUCCAAGACAAACUGAAAUGUUACCCUGAUGAGGUAAUUUUUAAACUUCAUACCAUUAAGCUAGUUCAGUUUUACUCUUGACACCAGCUACAGUGACUCAUGCCACAGCACUAAAACUUUCUGCAGCUGUAAAUUACACUGUGAAAUUAAUGGGACUUACUUCCAAGUUAUGGGCAUGAGUCUUGCCUCUUCUCCCACCUUCAGUAUGUGUGCAUGGGCACAUCUGACAUACUUCAUAAUGUGGAAUGGGUGUGUAUCUCCUGUCCCAGCCCUCUCCCCUCCACACUUGGUCAGAGAACUGAGUGGAUGUGAUUGGGAGAACACAGUUCUGCUGAGACCGGUAGGAUUUCUCUGCAUGUGGGUGCUGUGCCCACACAGGAAAAUAUUCUGCCCACUGUGUUCAGAAUAGAGGGGCUAUUUUGUAAAGCAUGGGCAGGGAACCUGUGUUGGUGGACUCCAGCUCCUAUCAGCCCCAGCCAGCAUGGCCAAUAGCCAGGGACAAUGGGAGCUAUAGUCCAACACCUAGAAGGUCACAGGUUUCCCACCCCUGGAUUAAACUAAUAUUGCAGUAAGGAUCGCCUGCUAGAGUAGAAGUGCUGCUCCUUGCAAGUUGCUAGAGUAGAAGUGCUCUUCCUUAUUUCAGUAGAAAUGUGGCUGUUGUCUUGUGAAUCAGAGGUAAUUCAAAGUUUGGUGGCUUAUUUCAGCAUACCAAGACAGAAAAACUGCACAAUUUGUUUCACAUAACACAUUGUGAACUACCUAAUUUGAUUUCCCUUGCUAAACUGAAUUCUGAAUGUCUUGAAUCCUGAAGAGCAUUUUAAACGGAGUUGCUGCAUGCAUGCCUAACUUCUUUCUCUUAAAUCAGAGGAGGCUAACCUUUUUUUGGCCUGAGGGCCACCUUCUUGUAGUCAACCCCCCCUGGGGCUGCAUACCAAUGGUAGGUGAGGCCACUCUGCACUCUUGCAGGCACACAUCCUUUCCUUUUUCAGUUGAUCCUUGCAGAUCAGCUGAGAGGUGGUGGUUAUUGCAUCCUCUCUACUCAUGAAAUGAUUAACUGGAUAACUGGGGAGGGGUGCUAUGCUGGGCAGAGAGGUUUAAACCUCUCCACUAACUUGAAUGCUAUGCCUAUUUCAUUUUUUUCUUUUUAUGUCUUGGGGUGGCAGAAAAAUUUGGUUGGGGGGAAUCAGGUUAGGCUCCUGGCUUUGGUCUAGCCACCCAACUUAAACUAAGUUCCAGUCAUGCCAAAUAGCUCAUCGCUUACUAAAACUGUUCCUGGAGUUUCGGCUGCAGGCAGGUUGCAGUUUUCCAGUUAUUCUCUCCCCCCCCCAAUCCCUAAAUAUGUAGGAUAAUUCAGCUAUGUGAUACCCUCCAGCUGUAGUCUGAAAUAGGAAGGUCUUAGAACAGCUUUGUCUCCGGCUGAGCUGUUUGUGUAUGCUUGGUAUGAAUCGCAUAAAAUUAAUUGAACCCCUCAGAAUACAACCUUGUUCCUGUGAAAUAUUUGGAGAGGGCUUGCAUAAUAAAUACCUGAUGGUUUAGCUCAAUACAGAACCUAAUCACAUGUGCAACCCAGUCUACCCUGUGCAUAUUUUCUUGAGGUAAGUCCCACUGAGUGUUUGUGGCUUAUUCUCAAGUGGAUGUGUUGAGGCCUACUUAAUUUCCAUUGAAACUAGAGACAGCAAAAUCUAGGAAUCCUAAGGGCCAGCAAGCAUAUAUGUUACAGUGGAACCUCACUAUAAUACAGUUCAUUGUACCGCAGAUUUGGAUAUACUAUGGAAAUAUCCCCAAGUACAAUACUGUAUACAGUAUAGUGGUUUUCAUUAUAACACGGAACCCUAUAACAUGGGUGCAUUCUUUGUCCCCUGACCCCUGUGUAACAGUGAGGUUCUGAUAAGCAACUUGUGCUGUGGAGGUAUGUAAACUUCUGUGUGUUCAUCUUCUCCUCGAGUGGAAGGCACAAGGCUGUCUCCUUGCUGCUGCUUAUGAAGAACAAAUCCCUUUUUCCUUUCAAGGGUCUGCAUUUUAGGACAGGUAUUUGGCUAAGCAUUAUGCUGACUCAUUGAUUCUUCUAAGCCACUUCAUAAUUGAUUGUCUUAUAACUCUCCAUGAACUGUUUCAACUGAUAUAAGUAGUUUGGAAUAGUGCCACUGUUUUAAAAGUGUUUCUUUGUAACUACCUGCUUUUUUGGGGGGGGGAGUAAAUGUGAAUGUUAUUUAGAUUAAACUCAUUUAUUAGCUUUUCAAUAGCCCACCCAGUACAUUGCUUGCUUAAACCUCCAGUUAUGGACAAAUGCAGUUUUAAAAGUGGGCUGAAAAUACUGCUUGAUUGCACUCUUUUUAGCGUUUUGCUCGUAGACAUCUAUUUGUAGAGAAGGUACGUACUAGUGUCCGGGAACUCGUAAUGAAGUUUCAUUGAGGCUCUCUUUUGAGGAUUUUAUAAAAAUUUCUAAAGCAAUAAAGUGACUGUUGUAGUGAUAGUCUGGAAUGAAA